CGGAACCAUGCCGCUCACACCUCUCGUGUACUGGGCUCAACGCCAUGAGGACGUCUACCUGAGAGUGGACCUGACGGACGCACAGAAUAUUGAUGUCCACGUACAUGAAAAAUCGCUUCAGUUUAGAGCCCAGGGCCAUGGUGCAAAAGGACAAAAUGAAUACGAGUUCAGUUUGGAGUUUCUUUUACCAGUAAAGUCAGAGGUGAACCACAGGUCCACACAGCGGCAGGUGAAUAUUAUUUUGCGGAAAGAGCAGCGAGGCUGGUGGGACAGACUGACGCUGCAGGAGCGCAAACCAGUCUUCCUCGCGCCGGACUUUGACCGCUGGCUGGACGAGUCAGAUGCUGAGAUGGAGAUACGGGAAAAGGAGGAGAAAAAGAACAGACUGAAGGCUUCAAGGCAAGAAGAGGGAGGGUUUGUCAGCCUGACAACAGGACUUUUGUUUGUAUAUAAUCUGGUUCAGUUUCUUGGUUUUUCAUGGAUCUUUGUCAACAUGACCGUGCGGCUCUUUAUCUUGGGCCAAGAUUCUUUGUACGACACAUUUCACACCAUAUCGGACGUGAUGUUCUUCUGCCAGAUCCUGGCAGCGGUAGAAGUCCUCAACGCUGCUUUUGGUGUAGUCCGGACAGGUGUCAUUCCAACUCUUAUACAGGUGGUUGGAAGGAAUUUUAUUCUCUUCGUCAUUUUUGGUAGUGUUGAAGAAAUGCACCACCGGCCAGUUGUGUUCUUCGUUUUCUAUCUGUGGAGCGCCAUUGAGAUUUUUAGGUAUCCAUUUUACAUGCUGGGCUGUUUCAACACUGAGUGGAAAACUCUCACAUGGCUGCGGUACACGAUCUGGAUACCACUGUACCCAUUAGGUGUUGUAGCUGAAGCUGUUGCGGUGAUACAAUCCAUUCCCAUCUUUGACGAGACCAAACUCUUCAGCAUUCCUCUGCCGAAAGCUCUUGGUACCUCCAUCCGCUUCUCUUACGUCCUGCACAUCUAUCUUGUCCUCAUGUUUCUUGGACUUUUGAUCAACUUUCGUCAUCUUUACAAGCAAAGGAAGAGGCGUUUCCGUACCAAAAAGAGGAAAGCAAAUUGAGAUUCACCACC